AUGGGGAAGAAGAAGCGUGCGUGUAAGAAAAAUGUUCCGCCACCGUCAAAGGCCAACAAACCGCCGUCACAGUCCAAGCAAAGGAAGAAAAAGGAGCAGGAGGCGGUAAAGUCCAAGACGGAGAAGAAAGUCAGGCAUGCAAACAAGAACGAAGAAGGAGGAACCUCCGUUCGUGAUGAGGAGUUUAACGAUAAGUUCAGUGCUAUAAUCCAAUAUGGUGGGGAGUUUGUGUUUCUGAACGACGGUCGUACGAUUUAUAGAGGUGGUAUAUCGUCGUUAGUUUCGGGACUCCGUUUAGAAGAGUUUACCUUGGAUAGUAUACAUAGGUUGGUGAUGGGUUGGGGUUACUGUGAAGGGACAUAUAGAAUCUGGACUCUAAUUCGUGAAAUAUGUGAAGAUUAUUUUCAGAUUAGAAAGGAUGAUGAUUGUUAUGACUUUGCUGCAUAUAACUGUGUGAAUCGAAUUGACGGGGAACUUUUUAUAGAGCAUGAUGUUGUAGAUAUUGGAGCAACCGUAAGACUUCCUAGGUGUGUUAAUGAGGUUGGUGAGAUGGAAGGAAGUGAUGAAGACGAGGUUGAGGGGCUAGGUGAUAGUGAAGAUGAGAGGGCCACUGCGCUUGUUGAUGGUUUUGAGGGGAUAGAUAUAAGUUUACCACAGAAAGAGGUCCCAAAAGUUGCUGAAUAUGUUAGUGUUAGUAAAGAGAAACCUUGCGAGGAAGAUGAAUAUUGGGGUAUGGAAUUCAACUCCCUAGAUGAAUUUAGGUAUGCCAUACGUGAAUGGUCUGUAUUAAAUGGGAGACAAAUUACUUUUGUCAAAAAUGAAAGCGAUAGGGUUAGGGUGGUGUGCAGGGCCAGUUGUGGGUUUUUAAUGCUAUGCUCCAAAGUGGGCCACAAGAGGACAUUUGCUAUAAAAACCAUUGUAGACAAACACACUUGUGCUAGGGUUUUAGACAAUAAAUCUGCAAAUUCAAGGUGGGUGGCUAAGAUUGUUUUGAAGAAGAUGCAGACCUCACAGGAUGUCAGAAUCACUGAUAUUAUACAAGAUCUGAGGCAAAAUUACUCUGUAGGUAUAACUGUUUGUAGGGCUUGGAAAGUAAAACUCAUAGCCAAGAAGAUGUUGGAGGGAGAUGCAGAUAGGAAAUAUGCAAUAUUGAGAAGGUAUGCUGCAGAGUUAUUAAGGGCCAGCCCUGGAAACACUUUGGCUAUAACUGUUGAAAGGCCUAAUCCAACAAUCCCACCAAGAUUUGGUUGCUUCUAUUUCUGCUUUGAGGGAUGUAAAAAGGGUUUCAUUAAUGGAUGUAGGCCCUUUGUGGGAGUGGAUGGCUGCCAUCUUAAAACAAAGUAUGGUGGUCAGUUGCUAAUUGCUGUAGGGAGGGACCCUAAUGAUCAGUAUUUUCCACUUGCUUUUGGGGUUGUGGAGACAGAAACAAAAGAAAGCUGGAAGUGGUUCUUGGAGCUGUUGAUGAAUGAUGUGGGCCAGAGCAAUAGAUAUGUGUUCAUAUCAGACCAACAAAAGGGUCUUGUUGCAGUCUUUGAAGAGAUGUUUGAAAGAAUUGAGCACAGGGUUUGUUUAAGGCAUCUAUAUGCCAAUUUCAAGAAAAAAUUUGGAGGGGGUGCACUCAUUAGAGAUCUAAUGAUGGAGGCUACAAAAGCCACUUACUACCAAGGCUGGUUACAAAAGAUGAAUGAAUUGAAGUUGAUAGAUCUUGAUGCCUGGACAUGGUUAAUGGGUGUUCCUCCAAAGUCAUGGUGUAAGCAUGCUUUUUCCUUUUACCCUAAAUGUGAUGUAGUAAUGAAUAACAUAUCUGAAUCAUUUAAUGCUACCAUUUUAAGUGUAAGAGACAAACCUAUUUUGACCAUGUGUGAGUGGAUUAGGCUGUACUUGAUGAAUAGAUGUUCUGCCUCAUCAGCCAAACUAAAAAAAUGGCCUCAUAAAGUAAUGCCAAUACCUAGGAAGAGGCUUGAUAAAGAAGUCAUGCUAAGUGGGCACUGGUUGCCCACUUGGGCAAUGGAAGAGACCUUUGAGGUGAAUCAUUCAUAUAAUGGUCAGAAGUUUAUAGUUGACAUUGCUAAGAGAAGUUGUACUUGUAAUUUCUGGGAGCUAGUUGGCAUCCCUUGUAGACAUGCUAUUGCUGCUCUAUCUUUCAGACAACAGAAUCCAGAAGAUUUUGUAGACAGUUGCUAUCAUAGGGACAAGUAUGCCAUAUGUUAUAGUUUUCCUAUAAGUCCAAUAAAUGGUGAAGAAAUGUGGCCUGAGGUAGAAGCUGAUCCAAUAAUGCCCCCCAUGUACAAGAGAGGUCCUGGCAGGCCUAAGAAAUUAAGGAUUAGGGAGUAUGGAGAAGAAGGUGCUAGAAGAAGGAGAUUACCAGGUGUGUCUUAUAGGUGCACCAUUUGUGACAAAUUUGGUCACAAUGCUCAAACUUGCAAAAGCACAACUCAGAAUCCUAAUGCACUUAAAAGAAAGAAAAAGGUUAAGUUGGAUGCUCAAACUGCUGCGACUCAUGGAGCUGAGUCUGGUGCAACUGAUGUAGCCCAAACUGCUGCAACAGAUGGAGUUCAAACUGAUGCAACUCAUGGAGCUGAGUCUGGUGCAACUGAUGUGGCCCAAACUGCUGCAACUGAUGGAGUCCAAACUGCUGCAACAGAUGGAGUUCAAACUGAUGCACAUCAAACUGAUUUUUUUGGAGAUAUCACUGAUGAUGUGAUCUCAAGCCUGCCAGAGUUUAACUCUACCCAAUGCUCUGCUGUGGAUGGAACCUCACAAAGGAGAGGUAAGAAAAAGAUGUCACCUACCAAGCCAAUCAAUAGGAGGACAAGUGAAAGACAGAAGUUGUUCUGGUUUAAAAAACCAAUAACUGGCCCAGGUGCUAGCUCUGAACAACCAAUAUCAGUGACUGAUGAAGAUAACAAUGAUGAGUCAAGGCGUGGGAAGAAGAAAUUGAAGAAGAACUAUUAA